AUGAAUGGGGACCUGAGUCUCUCUCAGGCUCUCGGAGGACUUCGAAUCGCCAAUCCCGACGAUGCUACUGAUGCUGUCCACGACGACCCGAAGCCGUCGGCACCCCCCGACGAUGUCGAAGCUCACCGGGAAGCCUCGCAAUCUCAACAUCCGCCUCAACCUCAACUCCAAUUCCAACCCCAAUCCCAAUCCCAAUCUCAGCCUCAUCGCACGCUACAUUCCUCGGACGGUUUGCGGGUAACGCUCUCCGAUGCAGCAGCGGGAUCCGACGCCGUGUCCGCUCCGCCAACACAAUACCUUGGCCGCGAACCCAGCCAAAGGGCGCCUUCACGCUACCAUCACCCACCCCAGGCCGCGAUUUCACGACAGCCUUCCCAGCGCGACGGCAACCCUGCCAAAUCCCAGGCAUUUGCUGGCGAUGCUCCCGUCCCGACGACCAGUGAAGAAUGGAAAGAUCGCGGCGCUGCCGUUGGAGUGCGUCGGGAGCUCGACAAAAGCGGUCGUCCGGUCGUUCGCCAGAUCAAAAAAGGAGUCCGAGACUUCUCCUUUGGGCGAGUGCUCGGAGAGGGCUCAUACAGUACCGUAUACCUGGCGACCGACCGCCAAACGCUCAAGGAGUACGCCAUCAAAGUUUUAGAAAAGAGACACAUCAUCAAGGAGAAGAAGAUCAAAUACGUCAAUAUCGAAAAGAACACAUUAAACCGCUUAACCGAGCACCCUGGCAUCGUUCGUCUUUACUACACGUUCCAAGAUGAGACGUCCCUGUACUACGUGCUUGAUCUAUGCAAUGGCGGCGAGCUUUUAGGCGUGCUCAAGAGGACUGGCACGUUUGAUGUUGAAUGUACAAGAUACUACGGGGCCCAGAUUCUCGACGCCAUUGACUACAUGCACUCUCGAGGAGUUAUACACCGUGACUUGAAACCAGAAAACGUACUGCUUGACGACCAGAUGCACGUCAAGAUUACAGAUUUCGGCACUGCCAGACUCCUUAACGACCCUCGAACCACGCAGGAUGCCAAUGCCGAAGGGGGCGAUGGGCUCGACGCGGAUACUCGGAACGACGACGGCCGCGCGGCGUCGUUCGUCGGUACAGCCGAAUAUGUAAGCCCCGAGCUACUUACACACAAGAAUGCUUGCAAGGCUAGCGACCUUUGGGCCUUUGGGUGUAUCAUCUACCAGUUGCUGGCUGGACGGCCACCAUUCAAGGCCGGGAGCGAAUACCUGACUUUUCAGAAGAUUGUCAACCUGGAAUACGAGUUUCCUCAAGGAUUUCCUCCUCUGGCACGGGAUUUGGUGGAGCGAUGCCUUGUUCUUGAUCCAGCUAGGAGACUCACCAUAGAGCAUAUCAAGAACCAUGAGUUCUUCAGCGGCCAGCCUUUCGGAAGACAUUUGUGGAGGUCCAAAGCCCCACGACUGCGUCCUUAUGUCCCUCCAGCCCAGGAACCAAAUAUCAUCCAGCUUAACAACUUCUCAACAAGCCCUAGCGCGAACUCCCGAACUCAGCCGCCAAAUAGCUCGCAAGGCAAUCCAGCGAACGGCAAUAACCGACCUGCUCGUAUCAUUACCGAAUUGCCACCCCCGACACAAUUAGACAUCGAGUGGUCUCCGGUGCUUACCAGGAACAACGAACGCAUUUUGAAACUGGGCGAUAUGAUGGUCCUCUCUACGCCAAUACCCAAUGGAUCCAACGGGAAAGGGGGUGAUGAGGGCCAUAGGAAAUUAGCUCGAUUCUUUGGCGGAAGCACAACCAAAAAACGUCAGCGGCUCGUCAUGGUCACAUCAAGUGGCCGCAUCUUGUUGGCUCCAGCGGGGGGUGAAGAAAAGAGAGCAAAGCAGGAGCUGUCGCUUCUGGCACCCGACACAACAUGGAAAACGCAUCAGGAUGCUAAGGGCCAGCACGUAUGGUGCCUCGAUACGGGCGGCCAACACUUUACCUUUGAAGAAACAAAGACUGCAUCUGGCUCAGGGAGCGACCAUGCGUUUGCUGAAGAGUGGGUGGAGAGUCUAGAGAGGGCCAGAGAUAUGGCAUUGUCACAACAGACGUUGGCGUCUGAUGCCUCAUUUGGCGAGAUGUCGUCAACAGUAUCAACACCAUCCAGCACUCUAGUUGGCAGAGGGAAUACCUCAGAUGGCUUUGCAGCCAGCGACCGAUCUGCGCGUGGUCAUUUGACCAAAGGCCAGGCCAGCUUGGAAGAUCCCACUCCAUCAAAAAGAAACCGCUUCAGCAAGAGACAAUCACGCAAUGGUCUAGGGCCUGCAUUCUAAACCCAAACGCAAAUUGAUGUUGGGAAGCUAAUCGAAGUGGAGGAAUUGUCCCACGUCUUAGCAAAUGAGUUGACUUCAGACAUUUUACUUGACAGGGUGUUUUUUUAUCACAUUGAGUACAAUGGCAACAUGAAGAGCGCGGCGCAUCAUUGACUUGUUGAUUUUCGUCUUCUAGAGCGAGACUAGUCGCAGCGCACAUGUCUUUCUUAUUGUUUUCUCUCUCUCUAGCAUUGGAUGGUAGAAUGGUUCUGGGCGAAGAGCCCACUGCGCGGCAGCGGCAGCAGCAACAGCAGCAGAAAGAAGAUGAUGGCUGGUGUACCGGCAUUUUGUCGUCAAAAGAAGGGAACUCGAGGGGCCAUUUCCCCCCCAGGCCAAGACAAGGAGCCCGGGGGCCGCCGUUUCGUCUGUAUGGAGUCUUGUCUUUAGGGAUGUAGACCUGGUAUAGUAGACGGCGCAAAAGUUCCUUGGGCACGAUAUAAAUACUGCUAUAAAGCGCGCCGAUACAUGGGAGGUAUGUUUGGCUGGUAUAUAGGUUUAGUACUGAUUGAUAUACAAGUAAUAAACGUUGCACAAUAAGAUGAU